GUAACUACUGCUGUAAAAAUAUAAUACAGAAUUGUGCUCAAAAAAGUUUAUGUCACAGACCUGAAAUUCACUCUUAGAAACUGUCAAUCAUCAGAUAAAAACAAGUCCAUGUUCCCUGCUUUUGUCUUAUUUGUAGAGAGCAUGGCCAGCACCUCCGAAAACAACGGUGGCGACCAAUGUAAGGUUGUGACCAAGAAAAGGAAGGCCUGCACAGAUCUGGAAAUGCAGAGAAAAAAACAAAAGACUGCCAGCAACCCCAUCAAGGGGUCAGCAGAGGCUGUGCUGACUCAGGGGACCAAAAGAAAGUCCAGCUUCCAAAGAGAGUCCCCCAGUAAGAAGCAGAGAGUUGGAAGCACUGACACCAACACCAACACUGCUGAACAUCACAGGACAUCGCAGAGCUCCAAAAGCUCUUCGACCUCCAAAAGCCCUUCUGUCUCCAAUAACUCCUCGACCCCAAAGAACAGGAUCAUAUCCAACUCAGAGACUGCAAGCAGAGAGUUUGAAGCCAAGUACCUGCAGCUUAACAAGCUGGGAGAAGGAGGCUUUGGUUCAGUUUAUGCUGGGACUAGAAAAGCUGAUAAUUUACCAGUGGCGAUCAAACACAUCCCCCAAGCAAAAGUGAAGCGUCAAGAAACUGUCAUAAAUGGGGAGACACACAAAGUGCCCACUGAGGUGCUCCUUAUGAAAACAGCAACAGGUGGACCAGAGUCAGUGGGGAAAUAUGCACCCACUACAUUAUUAGACUGGUAUGACCUGGACCACGAGCUUGUCCUGGUCAUGGAGAGACCAGUCCCCUCUGUGGACCUAUGGACCCACCUGGAUGAGAAUAAUGGUCACAUGGCGGAAGCCCAGACUAAGAACAUCAUGAAACAGCUGGUGGAUGCAGCCAUUCAAAUGCACUCUCAGAAAGUGUUCCAUCGUGAUAUCAAAUCAGACAAUAUCCUUCUGGAAACUGGUUCUGAUGUCCCUCGAGUGCGCAUCAUAGACUUUGGCUGUGGCUGCUUUGAGAAAAGUGAACCUUACAACAGCUACUCUGGAACCGUUGCUUUCACUCCUCCAGAGUAUUACACACAGGGGAGAUACGAGGCCCGUCCCACCACAGUCUGGCAGCUGGGCUUACUGCUUUAUGAACUGCUAGAUGCAAAAGAUUUGUUCAACACCCAGAAGUUUCUUAGGAACCAAACUGCAUUCAUGAGUGGGUUGAAUGAGCUCAAAGCGUCCCAAGACUGCCUGGAUUUGUUGAAGGCGUGUUUGACGGCAGACCCAAAGAAUCGCGCCACCCUGGAACAGAUGCAGCAGCAUCCAUGGUUCAAGUAAAACUAGAUAUUCCACUCAACAAAACACCCACCACCAGCCCUCUGGCCAGGACAGAAACUGAUUUGGGCCUGAGAAUGCAUAUGAGUGCUUAUUAGCGCUUCUUUAUUUUCUUUAUUUUAUUUUUUAUUUUCUUUAUUCAAAUCCUGGAGUUUGCAUGUUCUCCACAUGUUCACUCCAGAUCCAAAGACAUGCAGAUUAGAAUGAUUGUGACUUUAAAUUAUCCAUAAGUGUGAAUCUGAGCUGUGUUUGUCUCAAUAUGUCAGGCCUGUGAUGAACUUGAGCUCAUCUUAUAGCUCAGUGUAGCCUCACGGUGGGUGUUCCAGUUUCCCCACCGCCUCAAUCAUAGAUGAGGCACUGAGCUCUUUCUUCCUCUUCCUCUCCUUCUGCACACAUUUAUGUCACAU